UUCGAACAACUUCAAAACCUGAGAAAACAAAGUCCGGACACCCUUGAGGCACAUCAUUCACAAUGAAAAGACCCCAGACUCUGUUCAACAUUUUUGCUUCUAGACAAAAAGUUCUGCCAGUGGUACUUCAAGCCGUUCAGCACAUUGCAAGCUCAGCGACGCCUGCGUUAAAUAAACCGAGUAGCAGGAACAGUGGCGGCAAAAACUUCUUGACCACGAACAGGACAAGUUUCUGGCGCACGCCAACGCCAACAUCACGGAGGUAUAUAGCUCACCGCCCAGUAUUAUAUAUACAACCUCACUUGUCCAAUGAAGUGCGUCGUACACGACGAGGCCAGACAAAUCCAGCAACAUUACUGGAAAGCUGUGGCAAUCGCUACCAACGAGUGACUUGUUCGAGAAUCUCACUCGCCACUACAUUGGAGUUCAGUUGUUUUGGCGAUGGAAAGCAUCAGUGCGGAACGCUCACUGCAUCCGUCGUCAAAAUUGUUGGAACAUUGACUGUAUGCGGUUCAUCACAAGCAAGAAAUAGAGCAUAUGCGAGGAGACAUACUCAACAUGUUGAUCCUGAUUGUGAGGGAUGGGCAAUGAGCGCAAUAUCGGUGGCUUAAACUUGCAAACGUACACAGAAUAUCUUAUUCCAACAU